AUGGAAAACAUACAAGUGCCAGAGCAGCAGAGAACCGAUGCAGGAGGAGACACCAGCAGCAGCAGCAGCAGCAGCAGCAGCAACAGCUCCACAACAUCAUCCCAGCAGCCGCCAGCGAAUCCUGGCGAGGAAUGCGGCUGUGUGCGUUUGGGCAAAUGCAAGUGGUUCAAUGUGGCCAAGGGCUGGGGCUUCCUCACGCCCAACGAUGGCGGCCAGGAGGUCUUUGUGCAUCAGAGUGUCAUAAAGAUGUCGGGAUUUCGUUCGCUGGGCGAGCAGGAGGAGGUGGAGUUCGAGUGCCAUCGCACGGCCCGCGGAUUGGAGGCCACCAGGGUGUCGGGUCGUUCGGGGGACGAGUGCCACGGCAGCACCUAUAGACCACGCAUCAAUCGUCGGACUCGCCGCAUGCGCUGCUAUAAUUGCGGCGAAUUCGCCAAUCAUAUUGCCUCCGAGUGCGCUCUGGGGCCGCAGCCGAAGCGCUGCCAUCGGUGUCGCGGCGAGGACCAUCUGCAUGCCGAUUGCCCCCAUCGGAGUGUGGUGAGUCCAGCACCAAAAGUGAGUCCUGCCCCGCUCGAAGCUCACGACACAGCCACAGCCACAGCCGCAUCCACAUCCACAUCCACAUCUCUCUUGUCGCAGACACAAACCAGCAGCAAAAGCCUGGAGGAAGCAGCCCCCCAAGGGUGA